ACUCGGCCAACACCACCACCAUGGCUGCCGACCCGCGACCUGUGGUGGGCACCUUUACCGUCAAUGUCAUUCGUGGACGGGAUCUGGCGGCAAAGGACAAGCGCGGAACGUCGGAUCCGUAUGUAGUGGUCAAGGUGGAUGGCUCCGAGUUCCGCACCUCGGUGGUGAAGAAAGAGCUCAACCCGCGGUGGAACGAGUUGUUCUCCUGCCCGGUCCACUCCAACCAGGCCGUCUUCCAUCUCGAAGUGUGGGACUGGGACAAAAUCGGGUCGGACGACUUUAUGGGCGAGUCAAAGCUCUCGCUCUCGGCCUGCCCCGAGUUGGGCAAGUACAUGCGGAUGUGGCUGCAUCUGGUGCCGCGCAAGUCGGAAAAGGUCUCGGGUGACGUCGAGGUCAUGGUCAAGUACGAGCCGCUCUCGCCCGAAGAGGCGGCGGUCAAGUCUGCGUCGCGGCGCCGGCGCCGGCAUGUCGACGUCGCGUACACCUUUCCGCCGCCGACAUUUCUCAACUCGCUGCCGCAGGUGGUAGACCCGCUCGACGAGAUGAUAGUCGACGAGCCUGUGGCGUCGGCGCUGGUCCCGAAUGCGCUCUUCACUCAGUACCUGGAGGAGCCGCGCGGCGAGCGCGAUUGGUACAAGCGGUUCUUUGCGAGCCAUCCGCACGACGUGUUUGUGGCCAAGGUGCCGACCAUGCGCGGCGCGGUGGCGGUGGCAGUCCUCGUCUCGGCCGCGCCGCACAUCGGGCUCCAGUACUGGGUCGAGGUCUUCUCGACCGCCGAGGUGGUGCAGUACAUGUUGGAGGACGAGUCCGAGACCAUGCUUAGCCUCUCGCAACUGCUCGCCCGCAUCGGCGACGGCGCGCUGGCCAAGCACGCCAAACAGUUUGUCCGCGUCUCGCACCAGCCCAAGGUGGUGGCGGCGCUCUCGCGGAUCGAAGACCCCGAGCCUGACGACAAGAUCAAGAUUGGGGUCCUCUUUGCGCGGCAAGGCCAGACCAACGACGACGAGAUGUUCUCCAACAUUGACGGCUCGCCGGCGUUUGAAGAGUUCCUUGACCUCAUCGGCGAGCGGGUGCGACUCAAGGGGUUUGAGGGCUACUCGGCGCAGCUCGACACGUCGAACGACGGCUCGGGCCUGUACUCGGUGUACGAGCCGGACUUUCGCGGGUACAAGGUCAUGUACCACGUCUCGACGCUGCUGCAAUAUGACGAGACCGAUCCGCAGCGGGUUCAGCGCAAGCGGUUCAUCGGCAACGACAUUGUGGUGGUCGUCUUUGUCGACGGCGACACCAUUUACUCGGUCGACACCAUGAAGUCGCAGUACACCCGUGUGCUCAUCGUGGUCCAGCCUGACCCGGCUGACCCGGGCCAGUACCGAGUCUCGACCGCGUACGCCCGCGACGUCCGCGACUUUGGCCCCGACUCGGUGGCCUACUACCCCAAGGACGCGCGCUUCAAGGACUUUCUCCUUGCCAAGUGCAUCAACGGCGAGCUGGCCACCAAGGCCUCGCCCGAGUUUGUCGUCCGCGAGCGCCGGACUCGCCAGCAGUACCUCGACAUGCUGUACGAUGAUUUUUCGCCCGCCGGCCGCAAAGACACCACCCUUGCCGGCGAGGCGCCCGGUGCCGGCUCUUCAGCCGACGGUCCGGGCGGUGUCGGCUCGACGACCAUGGCCGACCUUGAGUUUGUCCCGCCGCAAGUCCUGCAGUUCACCCCGCUCCUCGAGGGCGUGCCCGGCAAGGUCGCCGCCAUGGAGCAGCACGAGGACGCUCUGUUCUUUGGGGCCAAGGGAGGCCUGUACAAGACCGUCAUCGGUUCGGCCGACUGCGUCAAGAUCCUCUCACUCGAGGGCGUGGUCCAGAUCGGCGUCGAUGCUGAGAACGACUACCUCUUUGUCCUCACCGCCGAGCCCGAGCGCAUGCUCGCUUUUACCCUCUCGGCGCUGAUGGCCGGGACCAAGCCGUCGACUUCGAUGAUUCCGGCCUACCAGCCGGUUCUCUUCACCACCGGCCGCGUCGGCUCGGACGCGUACAUCUCAAUCGCCAUCGACGAAGCCAUCGACGUCUACCGCAUCGAGGACACGCCCGGCCGGUUCACCAAACUCGAGACCCUGCAUCUACCGGCAAAGGUCAACUCGAUCACCGCCGUCGCACGCGGCAUCGUCGUCGGUGCCUCGUCGGCCGACUCGGCCGCCUUUCACUUUUUCGCCUACCCCGACUUUGCACCCACCGUUCUGCACACCGGCGAGCCGAGUGACACUUGCGUCCGCGCCUUCUCCCGCCCGCGCGGCCUGCUCCUCUGCUAUGACACUUGCGGCAUUCUCCUCGACCGCACCGGUGCCGUCCGCCCCGAGUCGGUCUUCCGCUGGAAGGCCGCACCGCUCGGCUUCGCUGUUCUCGGCCCCUUCCUCAUUGUCUACUACUCGACCUUUGCCGCCAUUCUCUCAGCCGUUUCAGGCGCCGCCGUCGAGUCGCACCUUCUCACCAUCCGCCAUCCGUUUACCAACGCUUCGGACGCUGUCGGCGUGUUUGCCCCGUGUGGAACGAGGAUGACGACACGACGGACAUCCACGAGCUCUGCCCGCUCGCCGAUGGCCCAUCCACGACCGACCUCGCCGACAUGGCUGCCUGCGACGGCGGCUACGAGGCCUACGGCUCCAUCCUCUCCGUCUCGCGCCACACCGCACACCGCGCCCACAUGUCGUCGCUCUCGUCGUCAACCACUCUCGUCGCCGCCGUCAACCCGGAUCCGGACAACAUGUAGCCACAACCGCGUGCUGCUGCUACGACAGCCGUGCCUUCUUGGCCAUCGCCGCUAGCAACUGCGACAUGUCCGCAAACGUCCGCACUGCCUUGACCACCUCGGCGUUGGUUGGCUCGUCGUGCCCGCCGCUGUAGAGAUAUGACUUUCCGUGCGGCGCCGCCGCCGCCAGCUCCUCGGCCGACG